GAUGCAGCAGCGGCAGCAGCAGUAGUGUGGCAGUGGCAGUGACUUGGCUCAGGCGUCAGGCAGCCUCUCAGUGACAUUCUGCCUCAAGUUGGCUGAGAGGCAGUUCAUCCAGCUCAGCUCAGACUGGCAGGAAAAGUUCUCUCCUGUCCUCUUUCUCUGACUCCUGAGCACAUUCAACUCAUUUAUGAAUGACUGGGGAAGGAUGCUCUGCAACUUGAGGAUACUUUUCUCAUCUGGAUGCACGGUGCCUGCGUUGGAUGGCCGAGGGGAACGUGAUGCUGUGCUCUGCGCUUCUUGAGCAGGGAUGACCGAAGCCUCCUGGCGUCCACCCUCCUUCUGCUCUUUGUCCGCUUUCUCCUCUGCCUCUGUGCUCACACUUUUCCCCCCCGCACCCCUCUGGCAUGCGAGGGUCAAGUCAGCAGGAUUUUCCCAUCCACCUCAAUCCUCUCUCCAACUGUGUUGUGAUGCUGUUCCUCAGUGCCACACUUGACCUGAAUGCUCCCCGGGCAAAACAAAGGGAUUAACAAUGAACUUUGCUCUCACCAGGAGACACAGCCUGCCCUUACACAGAAGACUGUGAGAUCUGAUCAAAGUCAACUGUGAGAGAUCUUCAUGAAAAUGAAAACUCCAGACCCUCUUGUCAUGGUUGGAUGCUACUAAACAUCAGACGACCAUGGAAGGAGAGACUGUACUGAACUCUACUGUAAAUACCAGCACAAUAGAUAUCCACCUGGUCACCCACAGUCUCUGGGAGGUGAUCACCAUCGCGACUGUGUCGGCUAUAGUCAGCCUCAUCACCAUUGUGGGGAAUGUUCUGGUGAUGCUGUCCUUUAAGGUCAACAGCCAGCUGAAGACAGUGAAUAAUUACUACCUGCUGAGUCUGGCAGCUGCUGACCUCAUCAUCGGUGUGUUCUCCAUGAAUCUGUAUACGUCUUAUAUAUUGAUGGGCUACUGGGCCUUAGGGAACCUUGCCUGUGACCUGUGGUUAGCGUUGGACUAUGUAGCCAGUAACGCCUCAGUCAUGAACCUGUUGGUGAUCAGCUUUGACAGAUAUUUUUCCAUCACCAGACCUCUGACCUACAGAGCCAAGCGGACUCCCAAACGUGCUGGGAUCAUGAUCGGUUUGGCCUGGCUGGUGUCGCUUAUUCUGUGGGCCCCACCUAUUCUCUGCUGGCAAUACUUUGUAGGAAAACGGACUGUCCCUGAGCGGCAAUGCCAGAUCCAGUUUUUCUCCGAGCCUGUGAUAACCUUUGGGACAGCGAUUGCUGCCUUUUAUAUCCCAGUAUCAGUCAUGACAAUCCUAUACUGUCGAAUCUACAAGGAGACAGAGAAGAGGACCAAAGAUCUGGCGGAGCUGCAGGGGAUUAACUAUCCCACAGAGCCUGGGGUCCCCCAGCCUCAGAAGACCAUUAUCAGAUCGUGUUUUAGCUGUAAAUUAAGGUCGGCUUCACAUGACAGGAAUCAAGCCUCUUGGUCGUCCUCCAGCAGAAGCAAUGCGGCCAAAUCAGCAGCCACCACCAAUGAUGAGUGGUCCAAAGCUGGUCAGCUGACCACCUUCAACAGUUACGCCUCCUCUGAGGAUGAGGACAGGCCUGUGUCUCCAGGGGGCUUCCAGCCCUCCUUCAGGAACCAGGCUUGUGAGACCAUCAAGAGCGGAGUUGGCAGUGAGAGUGAGCAGCUCAGCAGCUAUGAUGAGGACAGCUUCUUCCAGACGCCACCCAAAAGCAACUCUCAGAAGAGCGGCAAGUGUGUGUCCUACAAGUUCAAGCCGGUCGCCAAAGACACUCAUGUGGAGCACCACAGCAAGAACGGAGACACCAAAAUGGCUUCGUCAACGUUCUCCUCGGCUGAGUCCAUGAGCGUCCCGUCCACCUCCUCCACAUCUAAGCCCAUAGACGCCACGCUGAAGAACCAGAUCACCAAGAGGAAGAGGAUGGUGCUGAUCAAGGAGAGGAAGGCAGCUCAGACUCUCAGCGCCAUCUUGCUUGCCUUCAUCCUAACAUGGACGCCUUAUAACAUCAUGGUGCUUAUAUCCACCUUCUGCUCAGACUGCAUUCCCCUCUCACUCUGGCAUCUGGGAUACUGGCUGUGCUAUGUCAACAGCACUGUCAACCCCAUGUGCUACGCCCUUUGUAACAAGACUUUCCAAAAGACCUUCCGUAUGCUCUUACUUUGCCAGUGGAAGAAGAAAAGGAUAGAGGAGAAACUUUACUGGUAUGGACAAAACCCUGUGGUCAGCUCCAAACUCACAUGAACUGUUAUUUUUUUAAGGUGGUGUAUGAUGGUGGCUGUAAAUUAUAUGUUUGUAUUGAUGAUCUUGGCUUCAUGAACUUGAAUUCUACACAUUAUUAAAGGUUAAAAAAAUACUAUAUUAAGGAGCUGGUACAUUUUAUAAUGUUGCUCAUUAAUCAGUAGGCCUGCUGUAGUGUAUAUUAAUUACUGCUCAGACUUUGGAAACGAAAGAACAUUAUAAAAUUGUCCCAACAUAAUCAGCGACACUGUAAAUAGAUUCUAAAAUAUAUUUUAAAAAACAGUAUUCUCCCUAGAAAUGAAUGCUCUUAUGCAGGAUAUGACCCAGAUUAACACACAGAUGAUUUCAUUUUGUAGUGUAUCAGUAUUCAAGAUGCACAGUUUUAUAUCUGGAGCAUGAUAAAAUUGCUCCAUCCCAAUACUGUGCACUGGUUUAAAUUGCCAUUAUUCUCCCCCAAAAUGUCACAACACAUGCAGUUUGAUUCUGUGGGUAUUGUGUUUGUAUUGAGGAUGCACAUUUUGGAACUGCUAUUUUAUUUUAAAGGGCUAGUAUGUGUCGUCCUGAUGUCAGAACCUGCUUGCAAAGUCAAGAUUGUAACUUGAUGAUAAUUAAAGCCUUCUCACACGUGCCAUUGUCAUUUAGUCCAGCUCAGUCACUAGAGAAAAUGUUGGCAUUGUAUGUUUUGGCAAGAUACGUGACAUUUGUACAAUAUGAUGUAGCAGAUACGCCGAUAAUUUAUGUUUUCGUAAAUGUUUGGUUAGGUUCAGGUUCAGAAAAGAUCGUGUUUUGGCUUGAAAUACCCAGUUUUGGUGCACAAUCCCAGCAGGAAAAGCAGCGAUGUUUUAGUAAAAAACAACUGCAUUUUGUGGCACUUUCCCUGCUGACAAGCCAAGACGAAAUUCUCAUGUUUGGAGCCUAAAAAGAUGAUGGAAACAAAGGAAUGAUUUGCUAAAACACAACCAGUUUUGGUCUUUCUCUGGGUACUCCGGCUUCCUCCAACAGUCCAAAGACAUGCAGGUCAAUUGGUGACUCUAAAUUGAUUGUAGGUGUGAAUGUGAGCGUGAAUGCUUGUCUGUCUCUGUGUGUCAGCCCUGUGAUAGUCUGGCGAUCUGUCCAGGGUGUACCCUGCCUCUUGCCCAAUGUCAGCUGGGAUAGGCUCCAGCAUCCCCGCGACAGCCGACAGGAUAAGCGGUUACAGAAAAAGAAAGAAUAAAUGGUCUUUAACAGUUGUCUGCAGCUUGGCAGGCAUCUCACCUAGGUGACACGCCACUCUCCAUACUGUACUCCCCACCUCCCAAUGACAUAGUCAGCUCAUAUAUGUUACGUUACUUUAGACAUGUUACUUUUGAUAUGAUACGUCUGAAAUAAGCAAAUGUAACGUACUUGUGGUUUGCAGAAACGUACAAUGCCAACAUUUUUCUGUGGCGACUUGGCUGUAUUUGUCAGACAAGUGAAUAUCAAUUCAGCUUUGUUUUCACAUCUGCAUUUUCUGUCCUGCAAAAUGUUCAUGGAAAAUAAAGAUUUCUAUCAAUUAAACUACAAAAAUCCAUAAAUAACUCCAAACAACAGGCCUACUCUACAACCCUUACAAACUAAAAGACUUAUUUCACUCAACCUACGUGACAAACUUGCUAAAUAAUGUCUGUGUUUACAAUGGGAACAGCACGGAGGAUUUAAGAGUACACUUUGUUUAUUAUAAUCUGUUUAUUAGUCUUCAUCCUCAGGAUAUUUUCUCUUUCUUUGAGCAUUGAAAUACAGUAUUUGUUUUCUCGGAAUUACUGUAGCUAAAUCAGUAUGUCGUCAUAUCUUCAUUGUAUUUCUGGCAAACUUGUAAUGUGCUGUGGCAAAUAAAAUGCUGUUUGUGAAAUGUUC